AUGGUUACAGAGGCACAAGCAAGAAAGAUAUACAGGGAAUCAAUUCACAUCGAUGGCCUAAAUAUAUGCAACUUUGGGCCUGAGAUUUUUCGUGCUUGGAAUAGAGGAGGAAUUACUGCAGUUUCAUGUACAUGUGGUCUUUGGGAAAAUUUCAAGGAUUCUAUUAAGAACGUCAUUCAAUGGAAGAAAUGGUUCGAAGAAUACGAGGAUUUAAUUAUUCCGGUUCACACCGUCGAAGACAUUUAUAAAGCUAAGAGAGAGAAAAAAACAGGAGUCAUUCUCUCAUGGCAAAAUACAUCUGGAAUUGAGGAUCAAAUAGACUACCUAAUGGUUUUCGAGCAAUUGGGAAUCAAGAUAAUGCAGCUCACGUAUAAUACACAAAAUUACUCGGGAGCUGGGUAUACAGAAAUUAAUGACUCUGGUAUCACUGGAUUUGGGAAAAAGGUGCUUGAAGAGAUGAGUAGAGUCGGAAUUGCGGUAGAUCUUUCUCAUGUUGGUCAUAAUACCACAAUGGAUUCGAUUAAAUAUUCACCGAAGCCACCAUGCUUCAGUCAUGUUUUGCCAGCAUCCCAGAACGCAUCCGGCAGAAAUAAAACGGACGAAGAGAUUAAGGCAAUUAGGAAAAGAGGCGGCAUAGUUGCAGCCUCAUGCUUUGGUCCAAAUAUGAAGAAAGGCAACGAUUCAACUAUUGAUGAUUACGUUGAUGUCUUGGAUUAUUACAUCGAUUUAGUUGGCGUUGAUCAUGUUGGUAUUGGCUCCGAUGCUUCGGAAGGCCAUGCUAGGCCCUCAUCAUUUCUUGAAUGGUGUAAUAUGGAUAAAGGAUAUGCCUAUCAAAUGACUGCCUGGGGAUCCAAGAAAGUUGUUAAACCAUUAGGAAAACUUGAAGAAAGAGAAGAAUUGGCCGUGGCAAUGGCUCGUAAGGGGUGGUCUGAGGAGAAAAUAAAGAAGGUUCUUGGACUUAACUGGAUCAAAUACUUUAAUACCGUCUGGACCUAA